AUGGAUUUAAAUCCUCCUUUGAAGCAUCGUUUGAUGCCAUUACCACAAGUGGAAAAGAUCAAACUGGAAAUAGCUGAGAAAGAUAAAGAUCCUGAGUUACAUAAAUUUUUGACAUACUCGCUAGAAAAAGAUAAAAGAGAAAAUUUGGAUUUAUUAAAAAUUAAGCGAGCUCAUGCAGAAUAUAGAAGAAUGCAAACUAAACUAGACAAAUUACCAAUUCCACGGGAAUCACCGCCUGUACCAGAUUUCAUGGUUAGCAAUAAGUUAAAACUAACACAAGGCUACAACACUAUGAAAUCUUGUGUAGAGAGCAGCGUAAUACCUCAAAUUCAAGAUAUCUGGUUGCAAAACAUUCUGGCUAUGACUCCACCAAAUCUGAAAAUAAGGUGGGAACAACGGCUAAAUGAAGUAUUGCUAGAAAUUAAAGAAAAUUUUAUGGACAGCCUAAGAAAGUCUUUGACUUCGCGGACCCUAAAGCGGCCAUUUGUUUCUCAAUUUUCAGAAGAUGAAUUUGCUCUCUCAAAAAAAAUGCCAAG